AUGCUAAGUGUAGUGGAAGGCCUCUUCAUUUUCAUAGCAGUUAUUGAAUCAAUACUGGGGAUUUUAGGGAAUGGAUUUAUUGGACUCAUAAACUGCAUUGACUGUGUUAAGAACAAGAAGUGUUCAGUAAUUGGCUUGAUUCUCAUUGGCUUAGCUACUUCAAGAAUUUUUCUGAUAUGGAUAAUAAUUACUGAUGGAUUUAUAAGAAUAUUCUCUCCGCAUAUAUAUUCCUCUGGAAGCCUAAUUGAAUGUAUGUCCUACUUGUGGAUAAUUAUCAAUCACUCAAGCAUCUGGUUUGCCACCAGCCUCAGCAUCUUCUAUUUCCUGAGGAUAGCCAAUUUUUCCCACUACAUUUUUCUCUGGUUGAAGCAUAGAAUCAAUAAAGUACUUCCCCUUCUGAUAGGAUUGUUGCUUAUUUCAUGGUUACUUAGUUUCCCACAGGUUGUGAAGAUUAUUAAUGACUAUAAAGCGAAAAAUGGAAACAGAACCUGGCAUCUCAUGAUGCCUACAAGUGAAUACCUUACUUACGAAGUUGUGCUCAAUCUGGGGGCCAUUUUCCUCUUUAUGCUGUCCCUGGUUACAUGUUUCUUGUUAAUCAUUUCCCUUUGGAGACACAACAGGCACAUGCAAUUGAAUGCCCUAGGUGUCAGAGACCCCAGCUCAGAGGCACAUGUGAGAGCAAUGAAAGUUUUGCUAUCUUUUAUCAUCCUCUUUACCUUGAAUUUUAUAGGCAUUGCCAUAGAAAUAUCAUCUUUCAUUGUGCCAGAAAAGAAAUGGCUGAUGAUUUUGGGUAUGACAACCUCAGCCCUCUAUCCCUGGGGUCACUCGUUUAUUCUAAUAGUAGGAAACAGCAAGCUAAAACAAGCAUCUUUGAAGUUACUACAGCUUUUAAAGUGCUGUGGGGAGAGAAGCCUCUGA